GGUUUUUCUACUUUAUCGUGUGGUGAAAUUCUGCUUUUGCUGGAAUUGAUUUCAAUUUUGUUGGACAUACGAUUUCCAAUCCAUCUGCAAAAUGGCUGACAACGUCCAAUCCAUUUUCUUGGUAUUUAUAUACAUGUUUUGGAAUAUAAUGAAAAGGCUGGAAAAGUUAGAAAGAAGCUUGCAUGUUUAUCAAGAAAAGAUGGACGGAAAUAUUUUGAAAACAAGCGAGGAGAUUGCAAACCCCCAUGUCUCAUCACUUAAAAAACCCGGGGGAACAAGUGUGAUGAAAAUGACAAAAUUCAUGUUAGAUGAUGUGGCAGUAGAGUCGGAAGACGGCAUCAGCGAAAUUGAAGACAUUCACCGAGAAUGUAUCCAGGAACACUUGCCUUUAAUGUGCGAUGACAUCACAUUAAAACGCAGUUAUCUACUUGACGAAUUAGUAGAAAACUCCUGUCUUACAGAGAACGAAGCGACUGAUAUACGCGAAUUAGAAAAACGAAAAGACCAAAAUAGAAAGCUGGCAGUAACGAUAAGCAAACGAAGUCGUACGAAAUUUAGUUCAUUUCUGGAAGUACUAAAAAGAACGGAAAACUAUCCUCACAUAGCAGAGAAGUUGGAAUCGUCUUACAAUACCCUAGCAGACGAGAAGAGAAAAAAGAAAGAAUGCAUAUAUUGUUAUAUAGUACGAAAUGUAAAUAUGCGUGAUAUCAUUGACAUUCUCUGUUCUCAGAAAAUUGUAGAUUUAAGCUUUCUUGACGAAGUCAUUUCCUGUAACGACCAUGACACCGAGAGAUGGAAAAAUUUAUGGAUGAGAUUAAUCUAUGGAAUAAAUAAAGUAAGAAAUGGAAACUCUCUUGAAAUUUUCCAAGACUCUCUUAAGCCAAAGUACGAACACAUUUCAAGAAAACUAAAAAAAGAUAAGAAAAUCAUGUGUACAUGUGAAAGAAGAGACAUAAGUGAUAAAAUGUCGUGGCCGAGCGGUAGUUACACGACAGAGGAAUGGAGCACUACAUCUACGACUUUUGGGUUAAAGUCUCAAGCAAGUGCUAAAUCUGUGAUCAGCACUAUUUCCGAAAGUCAUUCUGAUAUUAGCAAUGAAGAAGUUUAUUCAAACUUCCCGCGCACCAUUCAGUGGGUAGUAAGCCAUUCUCGAGAAAAUAGUGUUACCUUUUAUGAAGAAAGUCAGGAGGCGUCAACUCAAUUUUGCAAAGGCGCUGAAAGGAAAGAUUUGGGUGCCGAACUACCAAUUAAAAAAGAAAAGGUGUCAACGCUUUUGGAUGUAGGUAAUGAUCUUCUUCUUAACGUAGCGUUAGAAGAAAGUCGUAUGGUAGAGAGUUGUCGUAAAAAUAGCAGUUCUCCUCCAAUUUUCAAACCCGAUGAUACAACCCAACAUGAAACUAAACAUAGCUUCGAAAAAAGUCAAACAAAAACAACAAAAUCUUCCAAAAGGAAAAAGAAAAAACGAAAGAAAAAACACAACACGUCGAAUCAACCCGAAUAUUCGGUAGAAAACUCGGGUAUACAACUAGCUCAAGAGAACUUGUCGUCUGCAAACUCAACAGGGAAUCGGCGGACUAUUGGAGACCGUCUGAUUAGCAAUAUUCCAGUUGAUAGUGUAGAUAGUGCUCCGAUCGGUAAGUGUUGCGAAAAGUCUUGUUCCGACUGUACAAUACAACAAACAGCAUCACCAGGCCCUGUUGUACUAACAGAAUCUCGACACCUUGAUCCCCUGGUAAAGGUCGGGUUUUGUGGUAAAUUAAAAAAUUAUAAAAAAUAAAGUGAAGCAAAAACAAAGCCACAAUAUCAUAUGAAGGCCACGUCAUAAUAAUACCGGUAUGAUAAGAACGUUUUGUGGACGUUGGUUUUGUUUUGAAGGCCAAUGAUACUGUAGAUUCGUUAUUUUACGCGAUUUUUUAAUUCCGCGAUUCAACCGUUUUGCAUUAAAUCGCGAGAAUAUAAAAUCGCGAAGGCCAAAUUUUUAUCAUGGUUUAAUUUAGUUUACAUCUUUUCGAAAAAUGAACGCGAGAUGUGCUUCUUGCGAUUUUAUGUGGAGUUUGAUUCCUCGCGCUUUAUUAGGAAUCUAUACAGUACACUUGCAAAUUCUUUUGGAAGUAUUUAGUAUCAAUAUGCUUAUGAAUCUGUAAAAUUAUCGGAUUUGGUAAUGCAAGCGUAGACAAUAAUGCUUUACCACACCCACACACGGUAAACUGUACAAAAAAGAUACGUCAGUACAUAUAUACUUGGAGGCCUUGUGUACCCUUUUGGUUAGGUGUUAAAUGUCUUUAUUUACUGGUGCUUGGCGUUUUUUACGAUUUGUUCUUUUGUGUGACUAGAGUAAUACUGCAUUGCCGAAAAAUACAAACCAGCUCCCCUCCCAAAAAAGGAAACCUACAAAAAGAAAAAAAAAAAGAAAAUGAAAAAAAGAAAAAACAAAUAUUAAAAGAAUACAAGAACCCCCAC